AUGCCAACUGCGAACGGUAAUCCGAAUGGGCGCACUGCUCACGCAAAAGCUAUACUAGGACCGGAGCUCUUCGCUCGUCUUCCCCAGACAAAGGUCUUAUUAGUAGGCGCGGGAGGAAUUGGGUGCGAGCUGUUGAAGAACAUCGUUCUAGCGGGCUUCGGACAUAUUACUUUACUCGACCUGGACACCAUUGAUUUGUCCAAUUUGAACCGCCAGUUUUUGUUCAAGAAGAAGGAUGUAAAGCAGAGCAAAGCUAUGGUUGCGGCUCGAACAGCGUCCGCAUUUAAUCCUAACGUUCACGUCAACCCUAUACAUGGCAACAUAAAGGAACCUCAGUUCGAUAUCGCAUGGUUCCGAGGGUUUGACAUCGUACUCAAUGCCUUGGAUAACCUUGAUGCGCGCCGGCACGUCAACAGAAUGUGCAUGGCCGCCAAUGUUCCUCUGGUGGAGUCUGGAACAGCAGGAUAUCUGGGCCAGGUUCAGCCUAUUCUGAAGGAUCGGACAGAAUGCUUUGACUGUGUUCCAAAACCCACGCAAAAGACAUUCCCUGUUUGUACCAUUCGCUCGACACCUUCGCAGCCGAUACACUGUAUAGUCUGGGCAAAGAGCUAUUUGAUGUCUCAAUUGUUUGGUGAAGAUGAAGACGCCGGAGGUGAGCUGGAUGAAGCCGAAAAACAGGGUGAAAACGGUACGGGAUCGUUUCCGCCCUAUAAUACUUAUGCUUUUGCAUUCGGAUUCGUACUGACUGGCGGUAUUAGCCCAGCAGAUUGCUACCCUUCGCAGGGAAGCGGUGGCAUUCAAGGCUGUACGUGA